ACCCCGCCGCGGGGCCGGGGCUCUGCCGCUUCGCCGCGCACCUGAUGGGGCCGCGCUGCCGGCAGGACGGGGCGGCCGGAGCGGGAGCCGGGCGGUGGCGGGGGAUGCGCUGCUUCCCGUCCCUUCCCUUCCCCGGGCGGCGGCGGCGGGGACGCGGCUCCGGCGGCCGCGGAUCGGCCGAGCGGCGCAGAAAGUUUCGGGCGAGUCGCUGCUGGGCUGCGGGCUAACUUCCCUCUCCUCCCCGCUCCCUUUUCCUCCCUGCUCUCUUCUCCCUAUUUCCUCUCCCUUCUGCCCCUCGGCUUUCCUCUUUCCUCCCCCUUUCUCUCUUUUUUUUCUCCUUUCUCUCUCUUUCCCCCCUUCCCUCUCUGCUCCCCCUUCCCGCUCCACUCCGCUCCUCUCCCCCUCCGCCUUUUGUUUUCGCAGAUAGUCGGCACACAAAGCUGGUCCCAGAUUUGAGUGACGGCGAGACACCCUGAUGCGCGAGCCUGGGGCGCGCCAUGGAUCUGACUAAGAUGGGGCUGAUCCAGCUGCAGAACCCCUGCCACCCCACCGGGCUGCUGCACAAAGCCAACCAGAUGCGCCUGGCGGGGACGCUGUGCGACGUGGUCAUCAUGGUGGACAGCCAGGAGUUCCAUGCACACCGGACCGUGCUGGCCUGCACCAGCAAGAUGUUUGAGAUCCUCUUCCACCGCAACAGCCAGCACUACACCCUGGACUUCCUCUCGCCAAAGACUUUCCAGCAGAUCUUGGAGUACGCAUACACCGCUACCCUGCAGGCCAAGGUCGAAGACCUGGAUGACCUGCUCUAUGCUGCCGAGAUCCUGGAAAUCGAGUACCUGGAGGAGCAGUGCCUGAAGAUCCUGGAGACCAUCCAGGCCUCUGAGGACAACGACACUGAGGUCCCCAUGACUGACGGAGGUGCCACUGCCGAAGAAGAGGAGGAGAGGAAGUCGAGGUACAUCAAGGGCCUCUUCAUCUCCAAGCCCACUGGCGAGCAUGGUGGCUAUGCUGGCACGACCGGCCAGAGCCUGCCGGCAGCCACAGCAGAGCAGAGCCACUCUGCCUCUGUGUCCUACUGCUCCCUCUCCGCCAUGAGCCCCACCAAGGCGGCGGUGGACAGCUUGAUGACCAUUGGGCAGUCGCUGCUGCAGGGUGCCCUGCCGCCCGGUGCCCCCGACGACUCGCGCCCCACCACCGCCCGCCGCCCCCCCGGCCUGGCCGAGGUCAAAACCGAAGCGAUGCAGGUGGACGAGGCCUCCAGCCAUGACAGCCCCCGGACAGCCGAGCCUGGUGCCUCCAGUGGGGAGAAGCCUGAUGAGAAGGGCAAGGAAGGGCCCGGCACCCCAACCCGCAGCAGCGUCAUCACCAGCGCCCGCGAACUGCACUAUGCCCGUGAGGAGGGCACCGAGCCGCCCCCCGAGCCCGGUCAGGGGCUGCCACUGGGGCCGGAGCCAUCCGCUGCCACCCCAGGCGAGAAGCCCUUGGGCAUCUACUCGCUGCUGCCGAACCACAAGACUGAGCCGGUGCUCGGCGUGCCGCCGGCCGUGGCGUCCGCCCUGCACGUGCAGCCGGCCCUGGCUGUCUCCAUGGACUUCAGUGCCUAUGGGGGGCUGUUGCCCCAAGGCUUCAUCCAGCGGGAGCUGUUCAGCAAGCUGGGGGAGCUGGCAGCUGGCAUGAAGACGGAGAGCAGAGCCCUGGGCGAGCAGUGCAGCGUGUGCGGGGCAGAGCUGCCAGACAACGAGACCCUCGAGCAGCACAGGAAGCUGCACAGCGGGAUGAAGACGUACGGAUGCGAGCUGUGUGGGAAGCGGUUCCUGGACAGCUUGCGGCUGCGAAUGCACUUACUGGCUCACUCAGGUACUGACAUGGCUGUUUUCUGCCUGCUGUGCGGCAAGCGGUUCCAGACGCAGAGCGCGCUGCAGCAGCACAUGGAGGUGCACGCCGGGGUGCGCAGCUACAUCUGCAGCGAGUGCAACCGCACCUUCCCCAGCCACACCGCGCUCAAGAGGCACCUGCGCUCCCACACAGGUGACCACCCCUACGAGUGCGAGUUCUGCGGCAGCUGCUUCCGGGACGAGAGCACGCUCAAGGGCCACAAGCGCAUCCACACCGGCGAGAAGCCCUAUGAGUGCAACGGCUGCGGCAAGAAGUUCAGCCUCAAGCACCAGCUGGAGACCCACUACCGGGUCCACACAGGCGAGAAGCCCUUCGAGUGCAAGCUGUGCCACCAGCGCUCCCGGGACUACUCGGCCAUGAUCAAACACCUUCGGACCCACAACGGGGCUUCCCCCUACCAGUGCACCAUCUGCCUGGAGUACUGCCCCAGCCUCUCCGCCAUGCAGAAGCACAUGAAGGGCCACAAGCCAGAGGAGAUCCCUACCGACUGGCGGAUAGAGAAGACCUAUCUCUACCUCUGCUACGUCUGAGGAAGGAGGCUCAGGGUCAACAGGGCCGAGUGGCAGAGGACUGGGCAAAAAAAAAACCAACACCAAACCCGCAGCGUCCAUGGCCUUGUUUGUUUUCCGUUCUCGUUCGUUGCUUCUCGCUGGAAGGAUCCUGUGGCUCACGCCAGGGUGGGGGACGCACCAGCCCCUUCCCCAGCCCUAUCUGCACCACCACCCCAGCUGCUCAUGUGCCCACUGCCCUCACACCCUUGCUGCAGGGCAAAUUUCACCCCUUGCAGUCCCCAGACAGCCCCUCCAUCCCCCUUGGCACUGGUUACUGGCACUGCUGGGAAGACUGUGUAGGAACAAGGCGCUUCCCUGGAAGGGUGUGUAGGGCUGGUGCUCUGGGAAGGCUUUAAUUGCUGGUGUCCUCCGUCACUGCUGAUCCCACCGUGGAUGACCCGUGGAGGACCCGAGCUCCUGCGUGGUGAGUGGCCCCCAUUUCAGCAGGUUCCUGUGCUCCCAGGCUGCAGUGUCACAGGUGGGAGAGCACCAGGGCCCUGCGAGCUGCAAGUGCUGUGACAAGAGUGUCCUGGGGGAUCCUGGCCACAGGAGGGUGUUUGGGGCAGGGAGCCAGCUGUUAGCCAGGCUGCCUCACGCUGCUGCCCGGCAUCUGGUCAGCUGCAAGGGGCACCAGAGGCUGCUGCUCUCCCCUGACCAAAGACCUCUCUAUGCAUUUCCCCCUCCUUCCCCGCCUUCCCAGGGCAAGGGCAAAGCCCCCCAUGGGGAGAUGCAGCUCGUUUGGUGACGCCUGGUUAAUGCCAGUGCUGAAAUGGGGGCUGCUGGUGUGUGAUAUCACUCCAAACGGAGGGAUCCUCUUUUCUUCUGCUGAUUUGGGACACCUGGAAGGUGCAAAGUGUGGUGGUUUGUUUUUUUUUGCCCAGCCCUCAGCUGCAGGAACCUGCAAGUGAGUGGUGUCCGGUGGCAGGUGGCUUCGCUCGCCGCUUUUUUUGCUUUUUGUUUGGUUUUUUUUGAACUUCCUUUUGGAAUAUUUCUGCAUUUAGCACAUUUUACUUGAAAUUACCUCAUUUUUUGUGACCUCAUGAGCUUUUAUUGAUUUGGGAGGGACGGGGGGCAGUGUGGCCGGGGUAUACCAGCUGCAUGCCCAGGGUUGGCAGUGGAGGGGUGGUGUGACGGUGGUGUCCCUGCCAGCCUCCCGUUGUGCAUUAUCCUUACCAAAACUGGUAUUUUUUACCUGGCCCCGCGGGGCCGGGGGUGUUGGUUCUGAAGCUACCUCUUGUGUUCGUUUUUGUUGUGUUUCUCCUGCGCGGCCGCGGGCUCGGGGGUUCCAUCCCACGGCUCUUUUUUUUUGUUGUUGUUGUUGUUUUGCUGCAUUGGGGUAAAAAGGGGGAGAAAAGCGUUGUGGGGAGCGGGAUGGUGUCUGGAUACAGUUUGGAGGGACACUGAUGGCUCCUCCGGGUUUGGGGUGCCUGUCCCACCUCUCCUGGUGCCGAGCAGGGAUAUACCUAUGGGAGCAGCAUCCUCCCUCGCACCCCGGUCUGGCUCUGCACGUACGUGCGCGCCCGCCCGUGGGACUGUUGCUGCCCCACACGGGGGACACCGCUGCUGUACAAUCCGGGAUGUGACUGUGGAGAACGGCUCGUUUAAUUGUUGUGCCUAAGAAAAAAAAAAAAAACUAGAAAAAAAUAUUAGAAAAAGAAAACAGUUCUUUCACAGAGAAAGUUGCUGCAGUUUCUGGCGCGUGCACGGCAGGUCCCCGCGGUGCCUGGGCGCUGCUGGACGCGGGUGCCACAGUGCCACAGAGCACGUGGCUGAGCUCAUGUGGCUUUUUUUUGGUUUUUUUUUGCUUUAUCCUCCCCUCCCAUCCUGCCGUUCCUCUCCCUUAGUGCCGCAGCCCCUGCUGCGACGGCAUCGGGGUCGGUGUUGGAGCGAUGCUGUCGUGUCCCAGGCGCGCGUCCCCGCACUGUUCGCCGUGGCACAGCCCCUGCCACCCCUCCAUAUAUAUAUAUAUGAGUAUAUAUAUGUGUAUCAUAGCAGUGAGGACCAAGCGCCGCGCGGGGCCCUGCGGCCCCAGGCUCCCUCUCCCCUGGCUUGUCGUCGGUGUCGUGAGCGCCCGCCUGCCCGUCCCGUUGCUCUGUGUUGCCGCUCGUGGUUCGGGUCCGUCGCUGUCCUCGUUCCGUCUACCUCAGCACCUCUCUGAGCCCGGGCGCAGAAGGUGCCCAAGUUCCCCUUUGGUUUUCUCAGAGUAUCUAUCGGCUCCUAUUUUUUGUACGACUUUUGCCCGUCUCCCCUUGCCGUUUGCUCCCCUGCGGUUCUGCUUGUGAGUCCUCUCUGUCCUCUAGCCACAGAUGCCAUUAGCUAAGUUUCCUGAAAAAUAAAGAAAAACUAAAAAAAAAAAAAUACAAAAAAAAAAAACAGUUGUGGUGUCUCCUAGUUGCAGCUCUCCGCACCUGCCUUCGUCCUGUGUAGAUUCAGAUGCAUUUCUUUGUAAGACUUCAGUGUUUCUGACAGGAAAAAAAAGACAAAAAAAAAAAAGGAAGAAUAUACUGCUGCAGGUUUUUUUCUCUCCAUGUGUCACUAAGUGAAGUUCGUGCCUUCUAUAGCAAAGAGAAUAUUUUUUACAUCCUACUAACAGUAGAUUUUUUUGUAGUGAACAUUUUUUGUAUUUUUAUUUAUAAGUCUCAUAAGGAAAAUAGCAAUGUUCAGUUGUAUACCUUGAAAUCUGCAGUUAGAAAACAAAAAAACAACCAAUAAAGUUAAUUCCGUUGUCUCGG